GCGGGGCUCUACAUAGGCACAGACUAUUCCACUCCAAACAGACGGCAACCCCCCAAGUCUCCGGAAAUGAAGACUGUGCCCCUGCAGAAGAUGUUGGAACAGAGCACGACCAUCUUGAUGCAAGCCGGUGACCGCCUGGCCUGCAUCAGAGCCCAGCUGGGGGCUGCGGAGAGCCGGAUGGAUGAGGAACUGGUCCUCGAGGCCGACCAGAGUAUCCGAGGCUUUGAGAGUGUCCUCCAGAAGGCAAACGAUCAAUUCAGAGAUCUAGCAACAGAAUUAGAAAGAUACAGUUUGAGGGAUGAAGAUAUCGAACGUCUCUUCGAAGAAGUGGAUAGUCUGUGCACAAUAUACAAGGCGAAGAUGCUCGAGCUGACUCUCGUUUCCGAUCAACUGAGAUCUCAUUAUAGAAGGAUGAGGAGAAGCAAAACUAUUUGAGCCGAAUGGAAUCGAAACACCCUCGGAGGAGCCCCAGAACGUUCUACGUUCAGAGUGGAAGCCUGUUUAUCUCUUCACUCGCGACAUCAGCUCUUCACAAGCAAAUCACUGCAGCGACGCUACGCCUCGGAGAGAGCAAAACGAUCUGCGCGUCCUACCCGGAGCUCCGGGCUAUUCGGGAAAAAAUCGACGGACUUGGCUCGAAAGCCUCUUACACGGAGACGAUCAAGGACCCUGGCUGGCAAUGGGAAACCCGCUUAGCGCGAGUCGAUAACCAGCCAUACUGCACUCCGCUGGACCUUCACCAAAGGACAUUUUUAUCCUCACGGACUUUGAAAUAGUCGACCGAGGGAUUCCGCCCUCAGGACAAAGUUUCAACAAUGACUCGAACAAUGUUCUUAUUUUAUAGGAGACUUCUCAGAAGAGAACUUUUAUGACUCUCAAUGAAAAUUUAU